GAAAUUUAAUGCGCAUUUGACCGCUUCACUGGGUACAAUGCGAAUUCAGCCAGUCAAGGUCGAUGACGUCACUCCAGUGACUAGCACGAUGUAUAGUUUCACUGCUGACAGCCUGAAUGUAAGUUAUGGUCAGAUUUCAAUCUAGUAAUAUGGCUAUUGUUAAAUAAUACUAUUGUAUAUCCACAUCAACAUCGUUUGGGUAAUCUAAUAAAUACAUGUAUAUGAAAUGAUAAGAAUAACAAUUUUAAGUAAUAGUUAUGCUGGAGUGUGGCCCCCUUUGAAAUAUGUGAUGUGCCCGACAUCACAUAUUUCAAAGGGGUCCACACUCCAGCAUUAAAUGUUCUAUUUCAGUACCAUGCUCAGAGAUAUGAAAAAUGAAACUAAUAAUAUGAAACUAUAGUUUUUAGAUAUUCUUGUAUGUGCAUCUUAAUACGCCUACUCGGCCUCGUUGAGUUAAAAAAUUUAUUCAAUUUCAGUCAAAGCUAGAAAUGAGGACAAGAAGGUCUAUUAAGAUGCACAUAAUAGAAUAUUUAAACCAUGCAGUCUGUAUAACUAAUGCUUAUAGCCUCCGCAAGUAUCUCAGGAAUGGGUCAUCGUGCCUGGGUUGCGCAGGUUUUGCCACUCAAAUGACAAAACAAGAAUAUCAUACUGUUUCAUGUUAUAGAAACUUUAAGGCCGUUUUCCAAUUCAAUCGUAUCGUAUGUAGCAUUUUCUUUUGUGUUGAAAUUAUUAGUUCCACAAACGGUGGUUCCACUCUAGUGCUCAACCAAUAAAGAAAUGCGCUUCGGUACUAUAUACGGUUGAAGUGGAGAACGGCAUUUAUAGACAUCGUUAUUAGUUUGAUAUCAGAACAUUUUCGUAGCGGUUCCUGCGGGCAGCUAGCACGAACAAUAGAAAUACUGAAGGGAAUACGGGUACACUCCAAGGGGUUUGAGGCCAUUCUCCAUUACUGCGGGUUCGCCCGCGCGGGACAAAGGACCUAGUAUACAAAUCACGCGCGUGUACGUCAGGAAAGUAGAAUGUUCAAUGUACACGCGUAAAAUCUCAUAUCGUGUAGCAAGUCUGCCAACAAGCCGUCAACAAGUUGUUUUCGCACUGCUUGUCCCAAGUUGUCAACACGUGUGGAACAAGCUGUUAACAACUUAUAACAACUUUGUUGAUAUUAUCAGACUUGUUCCAAGGUUUGGAACAAGUCUGAUACAGUCAUGAUAUAACAAUAUUGUUACAACCUUGUGUCGUCAACAUUGUAGCCCGCGUGCAGGCCCAAGGGAAGAAUAGUGGGCCUGCAAGCAAGGCCCGGUAUUUUGUACUUUCCGCGUUCGCCCACGAACGCAGCAUUCUGAUUGGCUGUUUGCUGUUGUAUUCUAUAAUUAGAUCAGUGAUUCAUCACAAAUGCUCUCGAUAAGCUUAAAAUUCGAAAAUUGAUCACCUUUUUCGAUUAAAAAUGGAACAAGAACAGACUGUUUAUUGUUUACUUGAAGGAAGAGAUGUUUUUGCCGUUAUGUCAUUGGAGAUUGCUUGUCGUGAAGUGUUGGGAAUAGCAACAUUACGACUGGAGUAAACUAUAGUAACCUACACUUGAGUUUCAUUAAUUUCAAACAGAUUUGAUACGUUAUAUGUUCCUCAAGAAAAUUACCUUUUGGUUGAUGUUGACUCUGUUCUUGCACUGAAGAAUACAGCGCUUUUCGCGGUGAAGAUUUAGAGGCAGUUGCAUGUAAGCCUAUUCGAAACACUUUGCGAUUUGCAAGGCUUCGCUGAGAGAGCGAAACAGAAUACGGUAAUUGCCGUUUGAAACGAAACGAUCUGGACGCUCUGAACGCUCUCUUCUUUUGUACAGUUCUUUACCAAAUGAAAUAACUGAAAUAAAUUUCGUACUUUUCCGCCGCCAACAAGAAUUGCAGACACGAUCUGAUAAGUGAGACGAUUUAUUUAUAACAAUGGCGGCAGCAAAGCACUCGUACGACUUCCCUCACGAUUUGAAGUUUGAGACUGGUUUUCUGUUGAAAUUCGUCCUAAUUUGCCUGUUCCGAUUUUAGUUGAAAAUGAGCACUUGCAAGUUUGGCAAUUACUGACUGUGUUCCUUGUUGUUUUUUUAGUUAAAAUGCAGCCAUUUACACAUUGUUUCUGUUCUGAAUAAGCAGAGAAAACCCCGCUACAUUUUAAUGCAAGUUUGUUGUUAAUAUUUGGGUUGCUGUCAUUGGUUCUUUUUUGACAAUUGACGCGCGAAUGGGGCGUGUUAUGAAAAAGGGGCGUUUUACAAAAUACCGGGCCUUGCUUGCAGGCCCACUAUUCUUCCCUUGGGCCUGCACGCGGGCUAUCAACAUUGUAACAUUUUGUCAUAUCAUGACUGUAUCAGACUUGUUAGAACGACCUUGUAACUAGUCUGAUAAUGCCAUCAAACUUGUUACAAGUUGUUAACAGCUUGUUCCAAACUUGUUACAACAAGUAGGAAUAAGCAGUGCGAACACAACCUGUCGACAGCUUGUGAACAGAUUUGUAACAACUUGUUUGGAGACCUGUAACAACUUGCGCGUUUUUACGUGUGUAGUUUAAACUCUCAAAGCAGACUGAAAAUUGUCAAACUGUACAGCUACAACGCAUGUACAAAAAUGUUCCCUUGUCUCGUCCGCGCAGAGCGACGGCUGUGAAGUUAUUCCAUACAAUAUCUUUCACUCUCAAUAUUUCCAGGAUUUAGAGCGUUUUAAGAUAUUGGCGAAAAAUUAUCUUCUUAGUGGACGACCUUUUGGUGAACUGUGCGACCACAAUUCUAAGGUAUAAGAUAGCCUUACACAUCUUCUACUAUAAUUAAUAUAUUGCGUUCAUAGAUUUUUUUGUUAUUUGGGCAUCUCACGCAUUGAACAAAUGUUGAAGGAUUAUUUAGAUGGAAAUUUCAAAUGUAAAUGUUUUUUAGAUGUAACCAGGAACAGCUGCGAGAAAUCAUGCAACUGAGCUACAGAGUCUGUCGUUUUGGGCGUGUCACUCCACUCGGCAAAUGUUGAAGGAUUUUCGCUACAGAUAACAUUUCACUAUAUACUGUUGCCAGGAUCAUCAAUUGUGCUUUACUUGUGAAACAUCGCAAUAUAAAAUACCCUGUGUUACAACUCUAUACAUGUAUGCGUCUUAGGAUGUUGUUUUCCUGACACUCAGUUGCCGAGUUGGACGGAAUAUUUUUGCAGUCGAAAUCUGUUUUCCACUUCGACAGUAUCCUAUACUGAAACAUCGCGUUCUUUUUGUUUCGGGGCGCUAUAUAGGGGGGAACUACUGUAUAUAUAAUAGACAAUGCCAAACUGUUGUUUGGCAUUUGUAGUAAAUGAGAAGGUAGAAAAUUUAUUUUCUUUUUUAGCAAUGUAGUAAGCUUGGCCUUCGUCACGAGGCGCAGACGUGGAAUAUAAUCAAGGUCAUGUACUCGUGUAAUUUUUCUGAGUUAAUGCCAUCAAGUCCUUCAAACCUUAGCAAAGCCGUGCAAAAUAAUUGUUCUCCCGCCACACCAGAAGCAGCCACCCCAAACAGUAAGUAUGACUAUCUAUACAUGUCAAAUCCAAAUCAAUAGACAACUUGCAUGUUACACUAAUUUUUUAUUUAGGCCAAAAAAAGUAAAUUCCCGCGUAAAGAACUUAUUAGAAUCAGUAAAAUUGCAAACUUUGGUUACGAAAUGUUGUAAAAUACUGAAAAUAUAGCCUUGCGAAGUUUGCAUAUUUUCAGUAUGUUUGUAUUAUACGUGCGAAAAUGCGUUUCAGCCGAUAAUGGUAACAAUUUCCGCACGUAAUACAAAUAUACUAAAAAUAUGCAAACUUCGCAAGGCUAUAUUUUCUGUAUUUUGCAUCAUUUCGCAACCAAAUUUUGCAAUUUUACUAAUUUCAUUAUGUUCUUUUUAACUGUUGUGUUUGAUUCCCUUCUUUUUACUUAGAUUAAAAUUUAGUCUAACAUGCAAGUUGUCCAUUAUUUUUACAGCAUUUUAUGUACUUGUUAAAAUAUGAGUAGCCGAUCUUUAUCUGAUAUACAAACUCGAGCCGAAGGCGAGAGUUUGUACAAUAUAUCAGAUAAAGAUCGGAUGCGAAUGUUUUAACGUGCUUAAAAAGCACGGUUGCGGUUACGUAGACUUAGACAUAGGCAAUUAUGUUAGUUUUGUUAGUCAUGACUGUUCUCGACUAACCUUAAAUCCUAGUCUAUUACUUCAAGUGCCGUUAUGUAGAACAACUACGUUUAAAAACUCUUACUUUAAUCGAACAGUUCAUUUAUGGAAUGUAGUGUGCAGAACUGCAUCACCUAAUAGCUUCGUGACAUUAUUUACUUUUAAGAACUUUCUUCGUUGGACUUAUUCGUUUUUACGUAAUUCAGUUUUUGACGUAGACAUGCCAUGUACCUGGUCUCUUGUUCGAGACUGUCCAUGUCACAGAAACUAAAAUAAUGUAUAGUUCUUUGAUUGAAGUAAAGUUCGUUUCGUGUACAUGCCUAAGUCACAUGUUUUCAAAACCAAGUUAGUUUUAUUUUCCGUACAAAUUUUCCAAAAUCUUCAUGCAUUUUACGUAUUUGGAGAUCCUGUGGGUAUGCGCAAAUCGAGCUUUACCUCAACUAUAAUUUAUAGUGUAAUGUAAUUUUUUGUGUAAAGUUUGUAAGGGAGGUGCCUCGCAUGGGCUUUUUCUGACCCGUUUGCACCUUUCCUUUUGGGAAACACCUAUUUAUCGUUAUUGUUAGUAUUCCCAAUAAAGUUAUAAAGGAAAAGCGACCCAGCUUAUGAGUUCAUUGGCGAAGUAAUUUUAAAAAUAAACAUAGUCUAGGCCGAGAAAAUCAAAGCAGAAGUUUAUGUAAAUCAAGACAAAUCUUUAUCCGAUGUACAAACAUUGAUUAAACAUUCAUUCCUUUUGUAUUUUCCUUACGAAGAAAUAUCAUGGCUUAAGGCGAUUUUCCAGUCCUCGCACGAAGCUCCUCGCAGCUCGCUGCGAGUGCUUGCAUCUAACUAAAAUUAACGGGUUAGAAUUGUGAUUGGAUGAAAGUGCUUAUGCAUCACUCGCAGCGAGCUGCGAGGAGCUUCGUGCGAGGACUGGAAAUCCGCCUUUAAUUUCUGCCAUUGUGGCUGGUAAUUCAAACAAAGGUUUUCAUGAUCUUUCACACUGGCACUUUAUAUCCAAUAAUUUAACCGCAAAAUGACAGGGAAUCUAAUAAAUUCUUACUUUUCCAUAAAAUUAUUCAAUAUAUUUGCCAUUCCCAACAUACAUGGAAGUCGACAUUCGAUGUCUAGUUCAGGUCAUAAUAUUACACAUAUACAUUUUCAGGUUAAAAGAUUGAGGUUAAAAUCCUCUAUUUAGACUUGUCUGAUAAGAGAAGUGUCUCUACGGACUAAAUUUUAUUUUUUAGGUCAGGCUGUGGAAACGCCAUAUAGUGCUGACGAUAAGGAAGUUCAGAGUAUACUGAGUAAGAAAGAUGCCGCUGCAGAUCAACAACCUGGUAUUGUAUAAAAUAUACUAUAGGGUAGCCUAUCGCAAGGGGGAAAUGCUGCCAUAUGGCAUAUAAAAGUUUUUAUUCCCCUAAUAUCAGACAAUAAAUGCAAACAAAUAUCAGAUCAGGAUCAUAAAGUGGUUUAAUUAACAUUUGACUUAUUAUCAUUGCUACAGGCACACUGUAUGUUUGCUUUUUUAGUGUCACAUUAUUCAGAUUGUAACAUUACAAUAAUUAUUGCAAUUCAUAGCAAUCUUAAAAUUUCUCAGUGACUUCAGACUGCGCAUGUAUACAUUCACUUUAUAUGCGAUGCGUUCUCCCAAAAUUGAAACUUUAUGCCAAUAGAAUAAUAGAAAUCGUGUUUCACUGCAAAACUGUCACAGGAUGCCAAGCCGAUCCACCAGACCGCCAGGUUUUUAAACGUAUGUGUUCUUGCAAAGUGGGUCAUUCCAGGAACGAUCUAUACACUCCUCCCACGAAAGAAAUUUCUGCCAUCUGGAAAGGGAGGGAGAAGAGUGUACGUGAUAAUCCGGUUUUUUGUAUAAGGACUGCUAGACUGGCUCACGAAAAUUUUAAAUUUCAACGUAUCAAGUUUGUUCUGUUAAAUAGUUUAUUUUUGUUAUAAAGUUUCGAUAUAGGUAAUGAGAACCAUAUUGGUGUCCUAGUAACAAUUUUACUAACUAUUUUUUUAAGUGGCCUAAAAUUAUGUUUUUGGAACACAGUACGAUAAUCAUCAUUUAUUUUUGAAAACUUUCCAUUUUUAAGCGUGUGUCCAAUAAUUGCGAGGCUUGACGUGUGUCAUUUAAGUUGUGUAUUAUUCUCACUGAGGAAUGUUGAGAUUUCAAAAUCCGUAACAACACUGUUAAUUUCAAGGACGAGUUAAUAACUUUUAGUCCAAAAUAAUUCCACCAGAUUUAAAUUAACUCCUUAAAUGUCGCCUACACAUGCAGGGUUUUGGGGAUUUUGUAAAAUUUUGGCGGAUUAAAUGUAUAUUUUACCUUUGCAUUUGGAAAUGGAUUUUGUGAAUUUUGGAGGACAUUUUAAGAUUUGUGUCAUUUUCUGGGAUUUUUAUGCAUGAUUUUAUCGGAAUUAAUAAUUUGGGAUUUGGGAGUUGAACAUUUUAGAGAUGUUCUACAAAUUUCGCCAGGGUUUCAAUAUUUUUAUAUUAAUUUUAAGAAAAAAUAUUUCGUGCAUUAUCAUUUUUGUGACAUAUUUAGAAAGAGGUAUUUAACAUAAUACUUGAACUAUAAUCGACUUAUAUAUUUGUGUCUGAUUUCAGGUCAUGGACUUGUAAGAACGAAAUCAGGCUUAAAAUUAUAGCGACUGAAAUUUUGAAUUUUCUGAUUCAUUGUUUAAACUCGUGCUCGUUUUCCACGCUGUUCGAAUUUACAAUUUUUCUAUUUUUGGUAGAUGAUUCGUCGGCAAGCGGUGAUGAUAUUACAGAGAGUGAGACAUUCUUUGCUGACAAAGGUUUGUUUAUUUCGUCAUUAAGAUCAAUAUCAUACUCUUAAUGUCUGUUCCAGAGGGAAAUAGUUUUGUUUUCCCGUGAGUCUCAAUAACUAACUAUUUUAUAGUUACAACAAUUGCAUUUCAUGCAUCACAAAAAAUCUGUCGCCUGUUGUGUAUUUUUCUUCUCUUUUACAUUCUUUAUUUUAACACAAACUUGGAAAAUGGCAAAUCAUAGUUUAUAAACUUGCGAGUUGUGCCGCCAUUUUGUUUAUUUAUGUACGUAGCCUGUCGGGGCGAGAAACAAUUUUUCACUUGUUGCCCGGCGGGAUACAUUGCAUUAUCUAAACCCACGUGACCACAAAUCAGCCAAUCACGUUUCGUGUUCACACUAGCUAUGUAACAAUUUGAAUUAUAUCAUAUCUUCGAAUCUUGAAGUGACGUAGGGCGCUUUCCAUUAACACGGCCAGACCGGUCAGAACGGUCAAAUUGUUGAAUGGAACACAAAACAUUUGAGCUUCCGACCUAUCUGACCAGAAAAUUUAGAUAACAUCAGAAUGAGGUCCAUUUUCGCUUGAUAUUUGAGAAACAUGGACCAGAUCUUUCCAUUGAUACAGAGAAAAGAAUUCGGAUCUGACCGGUCAGGCCAUUAAAUGGAAAGCGCCCGUAGAUUGAGAUAUUCUUGAAGAGACUUCAAGUUUGUGAAUUUUUCAAGUUUCACGUCGACUAAAUCACAUCGCUCAACAGGUGACACUGCGCCUUUAAUAGAGCGUUUGCACUCAUUCCCCCGUUUGCACUCAUUCCCCUGGUGUUCCAGACAAAAGAGUCUAAUUGAAUUAUUUUGAAUUGGAACACCGACAUGGCGGCUGUGACGUCAUGUGCAAACGGUUUACCUCAACUUUUAAAUACAAGUUUCAUUGAAUAUCAAAUGUUGAUUAUUUCUGUUUGAGGAAACUUUUAUUAAUACACCCUUUCGAUAGUUACGUCACAACUACACUGUUUUCAACUUAGGACCAGCUUUAAAUGGAAAGGAUUUCAAGUUUUUUUCUCAUGGGCUAUGCAAAGAGAAGCAGAACAUCCUUCUUCAACACAGGCGCGAAAAAAAUUUUGGAUUCUGAUCAACGAAUAUGGAAAUAAGCAUUAACACGAAAACGAGACCCAGGUCAUGACCUGGAGCCUCGUUUUCGGGUUAAAGCUUGUUUCCACAUUUAUUUGUCAAAAUAAAGAAGGAUGUUCUGCUUCUCUGUGCAUAGCCCGUGGAAAAAAACCCCCUUGAAAUCCUUUCCAUUUAAGGUGAUCCUAAGUUGAAAACAGUGUAGUUGUGACGUAAUUAUCGAAAGGGUGUAUUGUUAUCAUGGCAGAGCUGAUUGCUGAAUUAUUAAUAUCCUUUCAGAUUUUGUAUUCAGUGAAGAGCAGGAGUUCCAAUUUAAUUCACAGGAUAUUAGUGCAGAAAUGCAACUCGAAGAUUACACGUUGGCUAAUGUAAGUUUUGCCACAAGUGGCCAUUAACACAGCUGCCAAAUAUAUAACUUGUUUUCGGUGAUGAUUAUGUAAUGCCGAGGAAUAGUACAUUGACCGACUCGAAAACUAGCUACGACAAUUUUGCAUUAUUCUAUAUUUUAUUCAUUACCAGGCUAAUGACCAAUUUUUCAGCAGAGACUGUUAUUUAAGGCAAAUUGUAAGAGUUGAAAAUUGAAAGCAAAUCCAUGGAAGGGAAAUUAUAGCUCUUUAUAAUGUGCAAAAAGCACUGACCAAAACGAGGCCAUGCAGUAAUGCUGGAUUGCUAUAAAUCUAGAUGAAAUUUCGGUAUUUUUAAAAUUCAAUCUCUGAAAGAGAAUACAUGGUAUUAACUAUACUUCGUAAAACUGUUAGUCUGAAUUAUUCUGUAAGGCAGUAGUGGUUACCUUGGUUGAAAUUAAUUUCGGAAGAAAAAAGAAUGACAACUAUUUUUCGAAUCGGUCUAUAGCAUGUCUGGAAUUUCCCAUCAAUAUAGACUUUUUGCCCAUUAUUAUUUAAUAUAAUUGCAUAUGUUUAGGAGGCAUUUGAGCCUAGACAAGAUAUUGAAGAUAGGUAAGUUUGUUUGAAUAACCUUAUUAUUAAGAAGUACAGUUAUUACUUGCACUAGAUCUCAUUCUGUACGGUACCAUAUUUUUAGCUUUGUCCUUCAAUAUCUUUAAUUUGUAAUAUUCCUUUUGCAUGAAGCUUGGGUGAAAAAGUAGUACCUACGUCUGGUGAACUAAGUCCUGGAAGUCCGCACUCGCUUUAAAAAUGUGUUCCAAUUUGAAUUGGCUGUCUCAUGGGGUAUGACCAAUAUAAUUUAGUCAAAAUAACCCAAUUUUCUGCUGUUUUAACCAAUAAAAUAUUCUUGAAAGUGCAUCUGAGACAACCAUUUCAAAUUGUAGCUAUCCCUGAUGAGAGGUUACGCUUAGUGGCGUUCGACUCUGGUCGAAUACUUUAUAUAGUGACUUAUGUUUUAUUUAGUUUUUAAUUAAACAGUAUAUUUUAAUAGACCGCCAUCGUUACAGCCAGACCAAGAGAGACCCGAUACCCCAAUAAGGUGAGUAUGUAGUGUAUCAUACAUUUGUUUAUCAUUUGAAAUUCAUGCAUUCUGAUUUGAAACACCGCGUGUGAAUGACAGAGCUUCCCAAACGAAGCAGUAUGUGAAUAUAGUGUAAAUAUUGGUAUUUAUGGAUGUGUAUUACCAGUAGCUGUAGACAACAAUACGAUGUGUUUUGUUUGCUCAUUUGUAAUGAGCAGUCGUGUGCCAGUUGCAGUUGAUUUCACGUAACUUUCCCUGAAUGUUGCAAACCGACAUUUGUUGCGAAAUCCAAACGUUCAUAAUGAUAUUCACAAACCAGUUUGUAAACAAAGCAUUUGAUUGGCUUCUUUUUGUUCAGGGACCAAUCAGAGGUUUUUGUUACAUACCGGCUUGUAAAUGUCAGUAUGAACUUUUGAAUUUCGUAAAGAAGUCCGGAACGAAGUUCUCAGCAUUAGGAAUAAAGUUAUGUGAAGUCAACUAUAAAACACGAGCAUUAAUCAGAGAAGAACACCACAUGUGGAAUAUUUCGUUUUUUGUAAAAACAUAAAUGUACUUCGUAUAUAAGGGGAGUGGUCCUAACACACCAUAAUUUCUUUUUGUAGUCCCAUAGACUCUGACGUCACUAGUGCAUAUAACCAACAGAUUUCAUUUGUCGAUUCAACGAUAACAAACAACGAGGAGACGAAAGCAGUGGUAAAUAAUACUAUAAAAUUUGUUUUAUAUAUAGUUGGUUAGACUAGCUCGUUUUAUUGCAUAGAUAGUGUAUCCAAAAGCUACAGUUUAAAUUUCCCAUCUACCUACUGUAUAUACGCCUAAUAGUAUAUCUUACUGUAAUUUUUUUUAUAAAAGCAGUGUGGAAUCACCUGAAGCAAUUUAAAGGGUUUUGUAGAUGGAAAUUUCGAAUAUGAAUUUUAUACAUUUAUUAGACCUGGCCAGAAGCAGUUGCGAAGAAUGCAACUAUAUAGGUCCUCUGGAAGGAAUCGAACCUGCGGACCUGCGAUUCUAGUGCAGCACUCUAACCAACUGAGCUACAGAGGCCAGUUGUCGAGCUCUAACCACAGGUUCAUGUAUAAAUACUAAGAUGAUGCCAAUGAACGGUGUUUAUGGGUAAAUAUCAGGAUUUUGGGUAUCUACACUAGAUAGAACUAAUUGAAGAAGGAUUUUGCGGAUGGAAAUUUCGAGUGGCAAUUUUAUACUUGAAUUAAACCCUUCCACAAUUAGUUCUGUCAAGUGUGGAUGCCCCAAAUCCUGAUAUUUAAAACAAUUACAUGCAUGCUAUUAAAAGUUUCAUUUCUAUUCUCAGCUCUUUCCAAAAUGGGAUUGUUCAGACGUAGUGAAAGAUUGCUUGAAGUAUUAUGCCAACAAGGUAUGCGUGCUGCAUGUGGAGGGUGUGACAAAAUGCCGCUGAAUAAUAACUGUGAUUGUUUAUAAAAAGAAUUCAUGGUUUCUGUCUUUCCAACUGUGAAAUCGUUGUAUGGACUACUCGGGUUUAGAGGUUGGGGUUGGGGUGGGGGUCAGGGAUCAGCCUUGAUGCAUUAUAAUAGGGGUCACACGAAGUAUAUACCACAUUUUUUCACCAGAGACUGCUGUUUAGGGUGGCUCGAUACAGUUUUUUAAACAAUUAUUACUCGUUGAAAAACAAAAAGUAUGUUACUGAUGUAAAACAACACCUAGAGGAUUGCCAUAGCUAUGGCAACAAUGACGUUUCAAGUUCGCGAACAUUUUGGCUUUAAAGUAAUUUAACUCGAAAACGACAUCAGUGAUCCCCAAAUUUUAUUCCAUAAAAUGAUUUCUUUUAGUACACUCUAUUAUUUUGACAAUUUUAUAAAAAUUCUUUUGAGUAAAAAAAAUGUAUUAUGAAUAAUAAUAUUUUGAAAAUUCGAAAAAUUUUGGCUCAACAGAAUUUCUUUAAAAUUAUAAACAUAAUUAUUCUAAAAGAAAUCAUUUCAUGAAAUUAAAUUUGGGGGUCACCGAUGUUGUUUACGAGUUAAAUAACUCUAAACCAAAACAUCCGCCAUUUUGAAACGUCAUUGUUGCCAUACCAACAUCAGUUGCGUAACUUUUGUGGUAAUAUUCAAACCCUACAGGUGUUGUUUUACAUCAGUAAGAUACUCUUUGUUUUUCAACAAAUAAUAAUUCUACAAAAAUACGGAUCUAAAUCGUGAAUUUUCCAUUAUUUAAAAACUGUAUCGAGCUACCUUUAGGCAAAAGUGUAAAUGUUUAAGAUUGAAACAAUCCAUGCAUGCAAGCGAAACUACAGCCAUUACUGCAGGAGUAUUUAUCUGAGGAGACAUACAAUUGAAUUUAUUGUCUUUCAUUUAUAAUUCAUCAUUAACUUUAUUUGCCGGUGAAUUAAAUAAACAGUUUGACGUGACUGUAUAAUUAUAUAAAAUUUAAUUACAAUUGUCAAAUGUCUUUUUUAGGGUGAUAUUCAGAUGUGUGUGUCAGUUCUGCUUGUACUUGGUGAUAAAAUAAGAGCGGAGAUAGAUGAAUUGGUACAAGAACAGUGGUUGUUGUCUUAUAUAGGUAAGGUAUGAUCAUUAUACGUGACCACUGCAUGAUUCAAAACGUUUCCAUUCAUUAGUAUAUACAUCAUGCUAGAUUCAUUUUAACUUAUAGUUUAUAAUGCACAACUCUUCCUAUUCUAAACUGGUCUCCAUAUUAGUAUCUUAAUGGGUUUUUGUAGUUAGAAAUUUCUUGCGAAAGUUUAUAUACAAUUUUAGAAUCGACAUAUUAGUACAAUAUCAAACAUGAUAUCCCAAAAAAAUAGUGUUCCAUUCCAAUAACUGUGAUCAAAAUAACUAUUCUAGAUGAAUCUAAGAGAUGAGUUUUGACAUUAAGAUUAUUAAAGUAGAUUAUUGUAGUAGAACUAACGUUCACCUGUCUCACCCAAUGAACUAUUGAAAUCGUUCAUCGUUUGUGCUACAUGUAAGUAUCAAUAGGUUGAUGACUCCUUACUUUACACUGCCGUGCAUACAGCCAAAAAUUAUGGACAAUGCCUAUGGUUGCAUGCCGUGAGAAAGGCUAAUUAAUAUAUUCAAUAAAAGUAAUUCAGAGAAUUUGUAAUAUCUUAGACUACGUUUACACUUGAGCAAAAGUUUCCGGAUUUGUAAAAGUAUCCGGAUUCCUUGUUUUUCAAGUACCGUAUACGGAUGUGUGAGACGUUUACACUGCACAGCCGGCGCCCACAUGCAGCGAUGGUCAAUAUAAAGUAUUACUAAUUAAUUUUAACCCUCUUAGUGAUAUAUUAUGCGAUGUUUUGACCCUGUUUGGCGGUUGAAUUUAAUAGCAGUAAAUUUGAAAAACAUACACCGGAACAAAUUGAUUCACUCAGAUCCUUCACGGAAAGCCGUAUACACGAGAGUUUUCUCCGGAUUCAAAUGUUUCCGGAUACGAAGUUCCCACAAACUUUUCCGGAUUCAAAGUUUCCGGACACGGCACGAAACCGAGAAGAUUUACUACCUGACUCCUCGCUGCGUGUGUGUGUAAACGGCAACAUGAAUCCGGUACUAAAACGUUCUGGUUUCGUGAUGAUUCCGAAAACUUUCGCUCUAAUGUAAACGCGGUAUAAACAAUGUUUCUUUGCUGUUCUGCAAUUUCAUCUUGUAGUCUUUCAGACAAAAUGUUAGCACAAACUAUGCAAGUUAAUGUCCCCUCUUGAAUACGAAAUUAAUUUUAAUUUCCAAACAUGCAACAAACAGCGUUAUUUCCAGGCUUUUCAGAAUGUUAACUUAAUGUUUAGAUUGAUCACGAUUAGAUUAGAUUAACCAAAGAUUGGGUUUUAUAUGAGGAAAGAUGAACCUUCUCAUUUCAGAUUUACUUAGCCGCUUGCAAAUGUGGACCAUUUCAGCUGAAAUUAUAAAUAUUUCAAACCUGCCUGCUUUAACGGAACUCAAUCAGGCAAGUAGUAUAUAUUGCGUGCAUGCACAGGUUUUUGUUAUGGGUUUUGUUGGAUAUUCAUUUGCUUCUAUAGCUACAGUUUAAAUCACUCCUACAUUAUAGGACUGAUGCUUGUUUUCAUGUAAUCCUACAGAACGCAUAAUAGGAACACUGAUGCACAUAGUUGCAAUUUCAAAUUUUCUCACCUAAUUGCAGCAUGCAAGUUUUGAAGCUACUUUUGAUCAGUUGUACAAAAUAAAACAUAUAUGGUUCCAUGGUACCACUGCUGACAUGUGCUGCACGUGAUCCAACUUUUAACCAAGCUUAUUUUGGUCCUACAACUUCACUAUAGAUUCAGUUUAUAAAAUAGCUUUUUAUUGCGCGUCCUGCUUUGUUCAAUUGUUGAGCGUAUAUCAUAACUCGGUCCAGCUUUGGACUGUAUUAGAUCAAUACAAAUUAUCAAUCUAGCGAAUAAAAAUAGCGCCUGUUCCAUUUUUGUUAUUUACUACAGUUGUUCCCAAAUGAAUAUACAAUUUCCCACCAUUUAUUUCAACAUUAUUUUUAGGUCUAUGCAAAAAGAUAAUUGGUUGACAUUAGAUAGUCUAAAUGAUUUAAAGUGUACAUACAGCAAUGCAGUAUAUUUUCUUACAGAAAAUCUUCACAUUCAUCGUCUUCUUUGGCUGUUAAAGUUACUGGAAAUGACGAUGCAAAUCAGUUUUCUUUUUUUUCCACAAGAAUACUUUUACUGUUACUCGGUGUUCCGGUAACUUUAACAGCCAAACAGAGGAUGAAGAUGAAGUUUUUGUCUAAUAAAAUAUAUUGCAUUUCAUCUUAGAAUGAUUAUAACAAAUAAUCAUCGCACGAAAAGAAAGUUCCUCCCUAAAUAUAUCAGCAUAAGUUCGAAACAAAUGAGUCCCUUAUGAUCAUACCUAGCACUUAUUAGACCUACUGUAUCAUGGUAGUUAGCUUAAUGCUAUGUAAAGAAUGGGGUCACUCAUGGCUUGAAAGAACGAUUUAACCUCCAUUCAACACAAAAAUAACCAAUUAUAAAAUUAAAUUAACCGGAUUGACUUUGUUAAAAUUGCAUUCAGUGAAUGUUAAGUUAUUCAUUCAAGCAUGAGUGAUGAUCCCAUUCUUCACAUAGCAUUAAGCAAACUACCAUAGUGCUAGGGUUGAUUAUCAAGCCCUCAUUUGUUUAGAACUUAUACUGAUAUACAGGGUGAGUAAAAACUGACACCUUUGUUAUUCAAAUUAGCCGCGAAGGUAUCAGUUUUUUUUUACUCACCCUGUAUGUAGCGGCGGGGGGGACUAACUUUUUUUGUGCGGUGGUUAUGCCCAACUCCUGAUCGCUGUACGUGUACUUUAAAAAUAUAAACACCAUUAAAUUUGUCACACAGGUGUGUUUUUUCUUGCAAUAUUGUAGAUGUCAACCACAUUUCACACGAUAUGUAGUAAUGCAGGAUGUAGGAAACCACUAGCGCUUGAUAAAUGUGGUUGGAGUUGUGCAAAGUGCAAGAGUCUUACUCCGGCCUGUUCUAUAUGGUAUGUAUACUGGAAAAUGUUAGUGCCAGUGAAGGGUUCCCAAAAGAAGCCGGCACUCGGCGAAUUUCGCCGCCUAUAACGUAGACAACUGCCAGUUGUUUCCCGAAAUUAUUUCCUUACCACAGAAAUGCCAAGGGAAAGACAUGCUUUUAAAACAUAAUGUGACGAAAUAUCCAAAACGAAAUAUCCAAAACAACUAUCCAAAAUGGCUGGAAAUGCCAUAUGAUUAAAAUCUUCACCGAGAGCCGCUCUCGUCACUUUGGGUACCAUAGAGCCACCUACCUCUUUCACAAAGGCUCCUAUAGAAGCUUCGAAACAACGAAUACUUUUUGGUACUUUAUUGCAUUGCUCCUUUGAUGGAGAAGGUUUGCCAUUACCUGUUUUCUUUUUACUAUCCUCCUGUUUAACUAACUUUUAGUUGGCUACUUUAUUGAGUGCCUACUUGUUACCAAAUUGGAUCACUUUUGCUAUACUACGGGCGCUUUCCAUUUAAUGGCCUGACCGGUCAGACCCAAAUUCUUUUCUCUGUGUCAAUGGAAAGAUCUGGUCUAUGUUUUUCAAUCUAGCGAAAAUGGACCUCAUUCUAUUGUUGUCUAAAAUUUUCGGUCAGAUAGGUCCUAAGCCCAAAUGUUUUGUGUUUCAUUCCACAAUUUGACCGUUCUGACCGGUGUGGCUGUGUUAAUGGAAAGCGCCCUACAUGUGGCACCGUCGGUUGUUAACCGCAGCUAAAACGAGCAAUUGAAUGAACAUACAUUUUCGUGCUUAGUAAGAGAUGAACAUGUUAGCAAAAUCUUUCUACGUUAUUGUCCUCGUAACUGCCCUCGUGUUUCUAUUCUAUAUUAAUAGUAAUACGACGGUGCGCGGUCUAUUAGCUUGGUGCCAAGGAUGUGGUCAUGGUGGUCAUCUACGACAUAUUAAAGACUGGUUCAAGAAAUAUCGCAAUUGCCCUACAGGAUGUGGUCAUAAGUGUGAAUAUAGAUGAUAUAAGUGAUUUUGAUGUGAAACCAUUCUUGCGCCCAAGCACCGAUCCUCGAGUACAGCAGGAGAAUUUAGCAUAUAAAUCAGCACAUUUGUUCCCUGGCCAGUACGUAACUUGACCGCUGUACGAGGAGCUGACCACAUUGAGAUGAAUAUGAUUGGAACGCUACCUUCAGAUAAACUGCCUAUUUUUUAUUGAAGCCAAAUCUGACGGUUAAGACACGCGUAUUUGUGUCUCGUGAUUCUCUCCCUGUCACAGGAAUUUCGCCCCCCCCCCCAGAAUUGCCCCCCUCUCAAAAGGGGGCCGAAUUUUGAAUCAUAGGAAUAGAACAACACGCUGAGGCGAAGGCAACCAAGUUCAAAUUUUGGCAAAUGUGUUACUGACUACUGUAAAUAAUAACAAUGAAACUAAACGUAUUUCUUUUAUAAACACGAUAGUAAAUUUAUAGUUUAGCCUUAGCUGAUGUGGUUGUAUAGUAUAGCUACUAAAUACCGUAAACACGAUCUAUAUAUAAGAAUUACCUAACCAAUUCAAUUAUUUUCAAUCAAUGUCAAUGAAUAAUUUUGUGAAUACUGCAUCGGUAGAGACUAGUAGAUUUUUAGUGCUCUUUAUAAUGAAAUUAAACGGUUUGAUUAUAAAAAAAAACAUACAGGCCUAGUUUAUCCAUGUGUCAGUUAAAAAACAGUUUUGACAAUACCAAUAAUUACAAUAACCAUGAGUACUUUUUAACAUUGUCAAUGAGUUCAGGAUUAACACUGAAAAUGCAAAAUAUGCAUGGAGUGCUGUGAAGCGUCAUAAGUCCUAUUGAUCUACUGUAAGCCCUUUCGAUACAUGUGAUUGUAAAUUUGUAUUCUUAACAAUUUUGAAUUGAUACUGAUUUCAAAUGACUAAAGCCAUGUAAUAAUUAUCCCAUGCAACUGUUGUCUGUUAUGAAGGAAGAAAUUUUUAACGGAGGACGAAAAUCCUAAAGGAAAGGUGAAGUUUCUAAAGGGGGGCGAAGUUCCUAGGAAUUUUGCCCCCGGGAGGGCGAUAUUACACGAAAUUCGCCCCCUGGGGGACGAAAUUGAACGGGGAGGGCGAAAUUACUGGGACACCGGCACACUGCGAAAUUAUUGGGACACCGGCACACUAUUUCAAUAAAAAAUUAUUAGAAAAAAACUCAAAGUAAACUUUACUAGGACGUUUUACCUGGUAAAUGCGUUAGUGGCUAAUUUUAAUGUUUUGAAGUAAAUUUUAAGCCGGUUUUCAACAAUACAUAUUCGUCGUUGACGGAUUGACCGCGCUCCUUACAUGCAUGAAAAGACUGGGACUGGUCUUCAAGUUUGGCUUCAAAUUUACGGUUGGAGGUAGCGAACCAGUUAUAUUCAUUUCAAUCGCUGAUCAUAAACUGAUAAUAGAGACCUUACAAUGUUAGGGGGGCAAAGCGACGACGACGGCCAAAACAAACUCCUUCAAAUAUUAAAAAUAGGUACGCAGUGCGUACACGUUGCAUGCCAUCAAAACCAUGAAACCUCAUGACUCAGAAUACUAUACAGAAAUCCAUCUCCAUUGUUUUCUGCGUAAGUGCUAUUCGUCAUGAUUCGUCACUCGGCAAGUACCGUAAACAGAGGCAGUCACCCCCCUGGCACAGAACAAAGACGCACAGAAGGUCGAUUCGAGCAACCGCUGCCAGGUCCCGCCAGUGCGCGCCCAAGAAGCAUUCCCCCCUGGACGUCCGUCAUUUUGAAUAUUAUCAGGGGGUGAAUGCCUCCCAAAAGCGCACCAGCCAGGACCAGAGCCAGGACCAUGGCAUCAGCAUUUUGAUGACGAAUUACGGUCACGCCAAAAUCAUUGGAAAAUCAUAGGAAAAACCAAGAAAUUGGGCUUCUGUAUGACCCAUUCUGUGCCGUGGUUAUGAUGCGCUACCGCUUAUAACUUUUGUACAACUGACCUGAAACUUAAAAUAUUGAUUCAAUAAGUUUAAUAUCAAUAUAUUUAUUGAAAAAUAGCUAUUAUGUCAAAAUAAGAAAACUUAAGAUUAUCACGCGAAUAGGCAAUGUUUUUAUGAGCGACUGUUCAUCGUUAGUUGCAAGCGACGGUAAUAUAAACAAGACCUUGAAGGUCCAGACACACCGGACGCGAUUCGACAACGCGACGCGAUUUUUUAGUUUUUGGAAGUUAAUAAAACAGCCAAUGAAAGCAAAUUUUAAAAGAUAUAUAGAACAAAUAACUCAAAAUGUUAUAGCGCUUCUAAAAUUUUGGAAAAUUUAAACUAGGAUGUAAGUUAUCGGUCAGUGAAAAUCGAAAAAUCUCGUCGCGUUGUCGAAUCGCGUCCGGUGUGUCUGGACCUUAAGUCGUCUGAGGCGAUCGAUUAUGUAAAUUUUCGGCGAACAAUUACAGUUUAAAACUUUCCUUGCGUUUGCUCGGCGAAAACGUUGAGUGUUCACAUCACAUGAUCAGUUGUUCACAUGAUUCGAAAUUUAUAUACUAUUAAUUAUGCUUAUUGUGCUCGUAAACACUCGUCGGGAACACUCUGUAUUUGUCGUAUUUUGCGAAUCUAUCACGUGAUUUACCACCGCUGGUACAACGCACUCGACACGAAAUUUAGAGCAAUAUGAAAGUUGCAUGCCCAUAUAUGGGCAUGCAACAAAAAUGGUAGUAAAGAUAAUCCGUGGUAUGUUAUCAAUCGUAUGAAUUUAAUACAGUCUUAGAAGUUGAAAACAUGGGUUUUAUGGUUGGGAAAUGGGAUGCAGCCGUUGGCUUGGGAUGCAGCCGUUGUAUCAAGACGUGAAAAUCUGUGAUUUGGCGUUGUAAACAAAGCGACGACAAUGUCUAAAUUAUUCAUAUAUUGUAAUUAUUCAAUUCUUUUCAAUGAUUUAUUGUAUUGGUAGCCGCUGCCGUCCUAAAUCGUAAGGUCUCUAAUGCCGUUCAAGCGAAUAACAAUCCUAUAGUUCUUCUAAGAACUGUAGUCUGGGAGAAACGUUGAAUGAAAUUGAAAAUUAUCCAGCUAAGUGUUUUUAGUAUAAUUACAUAGGUGAUUAUUGAAAAUUCUCCACGCCGAUUGGUUGCCAUUGAGGUGAUUAUAACGCGAUAAUCACCUAAGCGAUUUUCAAAAUGGCGGCCGAAGCAGUUUUGUCAAUUAAAUGACGAAGAAAUGUGUAUUUUAAUAUUUUUUUCAAAUAAUCACCUAUGAAAUUAUACUAAAACAAUUAUUCAUCUCAGGCUCGGUGAUUAUCGUGAAUAAGAAGCUCGACUUCGUCUCUGUUUUUAUUCACCGAUAAUCACCUCGCCUUCGGUGAAUAAUUGUUAAAUGAAUAGGGCUCACCGAAAAAAGCAAUAUUACCAAAAGCUUAAAAAUCAGCGUCCACACCGCAGGUUCGUAAAACCACUCGUUCUCCUUACUAAUCAACGACUUGCGCUUUAGACUAAAUUUUAAUCUAAGUAAGAACAACGAAAUCUAUCACCACAGCUGGAAAGAGCGUCUUGGAAUUAGUAAUAUUACAAAGUUUGGUUGCGAAAUGUUGUAAAAUACGGAAAAUAUAGCCCUUCAAAUUUGGCAAUUUGUAUACUUUUGUAUUACGUGCGUGAAUUGGUAACAAAAUUAGUUACCAAUUUCUGCACGUAAUAGAAAUGUACACAAAUUUGCCAACUUCGCAGGGCUAUAUUUUCCGUAUUUUACAACAUUUCGCAACCAAACUUUGCAGUUUUUCUAAUUUUGAUAACUUCUUUCAGAAAAUAUCCUUUGUUAUUCCCAGAUUAAAAAUUUUUCUAAAGCGUAAGUCGUCCAUUCUCCAAAGGAAAAAUACAUUAACCAAACCGAGGGAGACAGAAUACACAAGGGAGACAAUUUCCAGAUACAAACUCCCUUUCAUACUGACAUUUUUAACUGUAUAAAGUAUACGCAACUGAUUUGCAAGAGAGCAAAUUCCUUUGACUUAAUUUGUUUUUAAUAACAGUAGGUUAAUGCAGUAAUAAAACGGAUUGAAUAAAUUAAAAUGCCCCUGUUGUAAAAAUAAUUGGUUUGAAUUAGAAGCAUCCCAACUUAAGAAACCAAUGUUACGGUAAACUAAAAAAAGCGUUGUCCACAC